AUGGAUGCUGACCUCCACGAUCGGCUCAAAGCAGCUCUUUGGUUCUCAAUUGGGAAGAUUGUGGAAGAGGAAUCCAUUCGACUUAAUUCAAAUGCUACAAACCAAUUCAUAGGAGCAUUAACUGAAAUGGUAUGGCAUCAAAUAGAAAAUGUAACGAUGGAUCUCGAAAGUUUCUCGCGACACGCUGGACGAUCUACCAUUACCACCGAUGAUGUAUUACUCGUUACGAGGAGGAACGAUGCGUUACACGAUAUGAUCAAGAAUUUUAUAGAUAAAGAGAAGGCCCAAUCUACGGGUGAAAAGGGAAAAAGUCGCACCAAGAAAUGA